UCUAUGUACUUUCUUGGAAAUUAAGAUUAGGUCUUAAUUUAUGAGAAAAUAUGUACGUGAAAGUCUGACUUGGAAUAGCUCUUAUAGGUAGCUUAAAACAGGUGCUAGACCAGCUUUCAGAGUAGGGUUAACUCUCAAAAAAUUACCUUGAAGUUUUUUCAACUCGAAAGGUUGAGGAAUUUUGUAUGUUGAGUAACAUCACUUACAAACAUACCUUAGCUAGGGACCAGCCAGGGUGUAGCUCAGUGUAGAAUGUUUGUCUUGUAUAUGCAAAGCCAUGGGUGUUCAGUAUGGUGAAGGAGGGAAGAAAAGUCUGUGGACUGAAUUCUCAGUGGCCCUGGUGGUCAUGUUCAUGACUAGACAUUUUGUGUGAUUAGGACUACAUUACUGAGAAUAUUACAAUUUAUUAGCCAGAUGUUUUUGUAUUGCCACAUGUAGAAUUGUUGAUCUCAAUUUCUGAACAUCAUAAUUCCACAAAUGUAACCAAGAUUAAUGUACAAUUAAUAAGGUAAUGUUUAGCUGACGGGUAUUUACUCUUUGUGAACUCUGUGUUUAUAAUUUUAAAUUGCUCUGUAUUUUAUGCUAGUUAAUUCAUGGGAGCCUCUUGUACUGCCACACAAUCUCAGUUCCUGCUGUCCACUCUAGCAAGCAGUGAAGAGACUGUUGGGUCAGUAGGUGACAGCUGCAGAGGUAUCUUCCUUGUAAAGAUGCUUUUUGAGGUUGCUGCUCCCAUCAGUCUGCUCAGUAAAAAUAGCUCAUCUUGUAAUGGAGGGGAAAGUUCCAGUCGCAGCGCUGAAAAGCGAUCAGCUGAAGACGAAGCUGCAGACCUCCCAACAAAGCCUACAAAGAUGUCCAAGUUUGGAUUUGCCAUAGGUAGUCAGACGGCAAGGAAAGCAUCCGCCAUCUCCAUUAGACUCGGAGCAAGUCCUAAGGAAACAGUUCCAACUCUUGCUCCAAAAACUCUUUCGGUGGCAGCAGCUUUCAAUGAAGACGAAGACAGUGAGCCAGAAGAGAUGCCUCCAGAAGCAAAGAUGAGGAUGAAGAAUAUUGGAAGGGACACACCAACAUCAGCCGGACCAAACUCCUUUAAUAAAGGAAAGCAUGGCUUUUCUGAUAACCAGAAGCUGUGGGAGCGAAAUAUAAAAUCUCAUCUUGGAAACGUCCAUGACCAAGACAAUUAAGUGAAGAGUUCUGAGAUUGGGGUGUGGGUGGGUGCAGUUAGAAGGAGCAGUCUCCUUUUUGUAAAGAAUGGUGUAAGACUAGCUUUGGAGCCGUUUUUCUUUCUUCUUUUUUUCUUUUCCUUUUUUCUUUUUUUAAAAGAUUGAGUGGUACACUAAUAAAUGAGAGUUUGCAAUUAGAGGUAAUUUAUGUUUUAUAUACAGAUUUCAAGACAUUUGCUAAUUUUGUAGUUUCACAUGAUUAGUUUCCAAGGGUUACAGAUAAUAAAGAAAUCAGAAGUGGUACCUUUCUAAGAAUUGCAUAUUUUUUUAGAUACAACUAUUAGCACAUUAAGAGGGAAGCCAAAAGUUACUGUCUCUGACUCUCCCCUCAUAACCUGAGUGUCUGGCUCCCUGGAACAGCCUUACCGAGAGGGAGUAUUGGAUUGUUACUGGACUAUUGACUGAGAGUAAAUUUAGAUAAGGUUAGAAUGAACCUUUUCCUAUGGGCAUUUCAUUUUGUUCUGGGCCAUUAUAUGCUAGUACUGCUUCGCUCGCAGUGGGUACAGACGCUUUGCUCUGUAAACAAUUUUUUUGUUGUUGUUAAACAUUCUUAUAUGAAGUAUUGAGUAUUAUAAUUAGCCCACUUUAAUGGAGCUUGUCUCUGUUCAGGAUUCUUCAAAGGACACUAUUUGCUACCAAAGUAAAUCAGUAUUUUGAAUGUGCUUCUCUUGGUUUCUAUUCUAGUUCCUAUAAGCAUUUCCACCAGAACUUGAGGCAAAACAUAAGGAACCUGUUUCUUUUAAAGUACAAAUACCACCAAAAAUAUCAGUGUACUUACUGCUUUAAGUAUUUGGCUGGCUUUUAUUUUUUAAAAGGUUUAAAUACCAAAAGGAAAAGAGGUAUAACAUUGUAUGAAGACAGAUGAGGCAACACACCUUCUGUGACUUUUGAAGCAUUUAAGUUACUAACUUACUAGAAGAUUUCUUAUUUGUACAACUUCAUGGCUUAUUUUAAGUACAUACAUACUGGGCAGUGGUUUCAAAAGCACAUGUAGUGACUGAGAUGGGACAGAAAUGCUUCUUUAGGCACAUGUUCAUUGUGAGUCUCUCACCGCCCAGGCUCUUAGAGUUCUGUAUGUAGGAUGUCUGUUUUGUAUUUUUGUAUUGUAUAUGGGCUUUUUAAAUGUGACAGUUAAAUGCAUCUUUAAUAGUCACAGACAAAAGAAAUGAUAAAAUGUCCUUGAAAAUUACAAUGUUAAAUUUGGAGGCAGCUUUGGUGAGUUUCAUGGGUCGUGAUAAUUCACUAGGCAGUUUUAAUGUAAUGACUUCCAAGAAGCAGCCUGCGGAUAUUCCUAACACUUCAUUCACUACACUUUCGUUUACUUAAUAAGCCCCAAGUAAAACGAUGGAAAUGUACAUAGCACUAUUAGUUCAUACAUGAUUUAAGUAUAUCAAGAUACAUAAAUUUAACUUUUAUGUCUGCAAACUGUCCAUUUGUCCAUUUUACUGUUUGUUGAAAUAACACCUCUCCUACAUAUUCUUUACUUGACUUAAAUAACAUUUAACCUGAGGUCAAGAUGGAGAGAGAUGACUGAGCUGAAUGUCUUUACUAAAAUUACAAUAAAUUUUGUCAAACUUGG